AUGAUCGGUAUGAUGACCACCGUCCUCGGCCUUGGUCUGGCUCUGUUCAUCUCCAUAGAGGCCUACAGUCAAGGCGGCUUGUUUGCGUGGCAUCCGUUUCUGAUGUCGUUCGGUGCGCUUGGCCUACCCACCGCCGGCAUACAGGCGGUGAGAUCAAGACACGCCGUAGGAGGCAUGGCCCCCAAGACUCAACGGGUGCAGCUCCACAGCGCUCUCAGCAACUUGGCCCUAGCUUCCAUGCUGGGCGGACUGUACGCCAUCUACACCAACAAGGAGAAAAUGGGCAAGAAUCACUGGACUUCUUGGCACUCGUGGGCGGGGGUUCUGGCUCUCGCUCUCUGGGUGGGCAACGUUGCCCUCGCGGGAGCUAACACGGCCGACCUGGAGAAGAGACGCCUCUUGUUCUUGUGGAAAUCCCGGAAUCACCGGUGGGCUGGCAAGGCUGCGUUCUGCGCAGGUCUCGGGGCUGUUGUCCUGGGAUUGCACAGCGGUUGGGGGUUGCGGUCCCUCGGCGGAGAGCGGGGCGCGUGGGCCUUGACUGCGGGAGUCCUGGGAGUGUUCGUGGGCAUCGUGGCAUCGGGAGGAGAGGCUCAAGCCCCCAAGAAGGCCUAG